CCGAGGGGAUGUCACAGAGGGACGCGCUGCCCCCCCGCCCCGGCCCCUCGUCAUGCGGCUGUGGGAGUCGGCGCCCCUGGCACCAUGGUGCUCUGCCCCGGCACGCACCCGUUCGACCACCGUGAGGAUGGACCCCCAGUGCCAGCCCCCCGGGCAGCCGGGGCCGUGCUGCGGCGGGUGCCAUGCCGGUGGCACGCUGGCGCACGAGGGGCCGUUAUGGGGGGCCUGGCCCAGCCCCUCCUGCUGCUGGGACGCCCGGGAAGGCUGCGCCGGCAGCGCCUUGCCAUACUCCUGCCACCCAAGGUGGCCCGGCGGACCCGGCGUGCCGGCACGCUCCGUGGAGAGCCUGACCAGCUCCGUCUUCUCCGCGGCCAUCUCGUCCGACAGCACCGCCAGUUCGCCAGCCCCGUGCUGCCCCAGUGCCGAGGGGCCAGUGGAGGAGACUCUCAGCGCCGUGCUGGCGUCCUGCCGGCUCAGCGCCGGGGCAGCCAUCGACCGCCGCUCCUUCAUCGCCAGCGGCCUGGCCUCCCAGCUGCUGGAGGAGCUCCUGUGCCAGCAGCUGCCGGAGGCAGAGCCGGGGCCGACGGCAGGCCCUGAAGAGUGGUGCUGCACCACCACCACCACCUCCCUGGAGAGGCUGCGCCGGCACGACCACCGCUUCCAGCGGACCAAGGUGUGCUUCCAGGAGCAGGGCUGGGUGCCGGCUGCCGGGACGGACCGGGACACCAAGGUGACACCGUGCCGCGGCCAGCCCUGGGAAUGCCGGUGCGCGGGGGGCCAGGACCAGGGCAGUGGGGCACAGCCAUGCCGCGAGGCCUGCGGGCACCUCUGCCGUGGCGUGGCCUGGCACGCCACCCACGGCUGCUGCGCCCGGGUGGAGGCGGUGGGCAGCACCUGCCCGCGGGACAGGGACCGGGGUGCCGCAUCCCACCCCUCCCGCAAGCCCUGUGGUGAUCGUGGGCAUGGCCGGGGUCCUGCCGGCCAGCCCCCCCCACCCCGCCCCGGCACCUGGGCCCUAGCGCGGAGUGACCCCCCCUGCGCCCGGCAGCGACCGGACAAGUGCUGGGGCUCCCCAUGGGAUGCGCCAGCAGCCCGGCCAGCCCACGGCACAGCGAGCGUCCCCAGGCAUGGCCAGGCCUCCUGUGCCGGCACUGCCUGUGCCGUGCUGAGCCCCGAGAUCCGGCACUGCCGGGGAGCCGCCAGCUCUGUGCCCAGGGCAGGCAGGGAGCCCCCUUGGGAGCCGGAGCCCACCCGGCAGCCCCGCGCCCACCAGGGCCCAUCCGGGACACCGCGCUGCUGCGACGGGGAGCUGGCACACGGCUGCGGCUCAGCGCCGGGCUGCCCACCGGGCUGGUGGAGCCGGGGCGGUGGCAGGGAGGAGCCGCGUUCCCGGCAACGAGCGGGAAAGCGGGACGUGGCCCGGAGCCACCAUGGCCACCGCGAGCGGGAGGAGAUGCCAAUGCUGGAGAGCUGGAGCCGGGGCCAGGAGCCCAGCGGGCAGCGGCAGGAGGACAGCGAGCGGCAGCCCCCGGCUCCGGUGCACGGGGGGUGCCCAGAGUGGGACCCCAGCCCCUGCCCGGGCACCACCAACAUGGUGCGGGUCAUCGCCAGGUCCUUCGAGCUCAGGGCCCAGCAGGACGCGGCGCGAGCCGAGAGGGAGCGGCAGGCCUGGCGCCGCCGGGGGGCCGGGACUGCCGACAGCCCCCCCCAGGAGCCCCCCGAGUGCUCCGGGGGCCAGGGCUGGCUGCCGGCAGAGGAGCAUGGCACAGCUGGGGCACAGGCAGCAACCGAGCCCUGCCGGGGCGGCACAGCCGGGAGCCAUGAUGGCGAGGAGGGCAGGCGGCACGGCGGGUACAGCCGAGCUCCCCGGUGCUAA